AAAAUACAGUUUUCAUGCCAAGUACUUAUGUACGUGUCCUAGCUUAAACUGUGGUCUUGAAAUUCCUUCCCAUUAACUGAUAUUUUUGCUUUCUUCAGAAUGUGUUCAACAUGGUUGUGGAAGUACCUCGAUGGACAAAUGCUAAAAUGGAGAUCGCAACGAAGGAUCCCUUAAACCCAAUUAAGCAAGAUGUGAAGAAAGGAAAGCUGCGUUAUGUAGCUAACGUGUUUCCCCAUAAGGGUUACAUCUGGAAUUAUGGAGCCAUCCCUCAGACUUGGGAAGACCCAGGUCAUAAAGAUGAGAAUACUGGCUGCUGCGGAGAUAAUGAUCCAAUUGAUGUGUGCGAAAUUGGAAGCAAGGUCUGCUCUCGAGGAGAAGUCAUCAAAGUGAAGGUGCUGGGCACGCUGGCCCUGAUUGAUGAGGGAGAGACUGACUGGAAGAUAAUUGCUAUCAAUAUUGAAGACCCUGAAGCAGACAACUAUAACGAUAUCAGUGAUGUCAGAAGGAUGAAACCUGGAUACUUAGAAGCUACAGUGGACUGGUUCAGAAGAUACAAAGUACCUGAUGGAAAGCCAGAAAACCAGUUCGCUUUUAAUGGCGAAUUUAAAGGCAAGGAUUUUGCAGUGAACGUCAUCAAAAGCACUCAUGAACACUGGAAAGCUUUAAUAGCUAAAAAAACGGACGGCGGGGAGAUCAACUGCACGAAUCUGACUGUGUCAGACAGCCCUUUUUGCUGUAGUCAAGAGUGUGCAAAAGCUACUGUGGAUGCAGCACCACCAUGUAAAGCUGCCAACCCAAUCCCACCUGAAGUUGACAGGUGGUUCUAUUACCAGAAAAACUGAAGCUGAACGACGGAUGGUGGAACGACUGCGUUCUUCUCCCCAAGAAGCUACUACGUGCGGGAAUAGAGAAAUAGCUUCACUGUCGACAAGAAGACCUUGCCUGUAACUUAUUCUAAUUAGACUUGUGUACCUACC